AUUCUUAUUGGGGUCUUUCUCCGGUAUUUUUUUAAACCAUGCGACCAUGCCUGGGAGCAUGUCCUCCGGCGCCCCACAUGGCUCCUUAGUCAAAAUGCCCUCGCCGCAGCGUGCCGCCCCUCGGAUGUGGCGGGCGGCGGGGCGGUCCGGAUGCGCCGCGGCCUGAGUCUGCUCGCCUGCUCGCCUGGCCUCUGCCGCGGCGGGGGCGGCGCUGCCGCCGGGGUCCGCUCCCUGCCGGCGAGGCAGGAGGACUUCUUCGACCUCCUGCCCCAGGAGUACCCGUGGCCCCUGCCUGGCGGCGCCGCGCUGGACGCGAUCGGCGGGAGGCUGCCCCAGGCCU